AUGUUUAGGGAAACAAUACUGGUGUUGACACUAUUUUCCAUUUGUUUCCUCUCAUCAGCGGCUGAAAAAAACAACACAUUUUCUGCGCUUUUCGCUUUUGGAGAUUCAGUACUAGAUACUGGUAACAAUAAUCUUCUUCUAACCCUAUUGAAAGGAAAUUACUGGCCAUAUGGUUGGAAUUUUGACUUUAAGAUACCGACGGGAAGAUUCGGAAAUGGAAGAGUUUUCACUGAUAUAGUUGGUAUAAGAUCACAUUCAAUGACAGUUUGUUCCUUUACUAUUCUAGCGGAAGGUUUGGGGGUCAAAAGACUUGUGCCAGCUUAUCGUAAGACUCGUCGCAUUAAACCUGACGACCUCAAAACCGGCGUUUGUUUCGCAUCAGGUGGUUCAGGAAUCGACGAUCUUACAUCCAGAACGCUGAGAGUUUUGUCAGCAGGCGAUCAAGUAAAAGAUUUCAAAGACUAUCUGAAGAAACUAAAGAAAGUUGUGAAAAAUAAGAAAAAAAGAAAAGAAAUUAUUUCAAACGCAGUGUUUCUUAUUUCUGAAGGAAAUAACGAUCUUGGAUACUUCUUUGCUCCCGCUAUUGUACGAUUAUACUCCACAGAUACAUAUACAAGUAAAAUGGUUGGUUGGACCAAAGUAUUUCUACAAGAUUUAUAUAAACUCGGAGCGAGAAAAUUCGCAGUGAUGGGAGUGAUGCCGGUGGGGUGUUUGCCUUUCCAUCGACUCAUGUUUAGUGGGGUAUUCGCAUGGUGUAACUUCUUCGUGAACUCAGUUGUGGAAAACUUCAACACCAAGUUGAAGAAAGGUCUUCAAAGUUACGAUGUAGAAGAUUGUUUUAAAGGUGCAAAGUUUGUUUACGUCGACAUGUACGGCACUCUUAUGGAUCUUAUAACCAAUCCUAAGGCCUAUGGGUUUUCAGAAGGGAAAAGAUCGUGUUGUUGUAUGCCGACGUCAAUAAUACCAUGCAAAGACCCGGAUCAGUACGUCUUCUAUGACUUCGCUCACCCCUCCCAGAAAGCCUAUGAAGUAAUAUCCAAACCUCUUAUCUAUCAAAUGAGGAAAGGCCUUGCCUGA